UUGACACACUGUGUGACAGCAGAGCCAGUAAAUAUCGCACACUGACUCAGUCCUCAGAUUUUUCUGUGGAGCGACGAAAACGUGCAAAGCCACCACAUCCACUUAAAACACAACAAAACAAAACAAGAGGAUAUAAGAAUCCUGAGCUUUGGUGGACAGGUGUAUUUCUUCUUGAUCACCACUGGUGCGCGCUUUGGACUUGGUAAUAAUCAGCACAAAAACAAAACAAAACAAAUCUAAAUAAACAGCUUGUGACUGAGGACGCGUCCGCACUGGACUCUUUCACCAUGACGGAGCUCUCCAGUCCUGAAUUUGAGAUCGACGUGGAGAGUCUGGAGACGGAGGCGGCUGGAGAAGAGGAGUCGGGCUGCAGAGAGGAGGAGGAGAAGGCGGCCCACGCAGGCAACCCUGGAGCAGGGGAUCAGAAAAAGCUGAGCCGCACUCCGAAAUGUGCCCGCUGCAGGAACCACGGCGUGGUGUCGUGCCUCAAAGGCCACAAGCGCUUCUGCAGGUGGAGAGACUGCCAGUGCGCCAACUGCCUGUUAGUGGUGGAGCGCCAGCGGGUCAUGGCCGCUCAGGUGGCCCUCAGGAGGCAGCAAGCCACAGAGGAUAAGAAAGGAAUAACAGGGAAGCCCAUACCAGCUGAGAGACGAACUAUCUAUCAAAGGCACAUGCGCCCUUCCACCAUGCUGGCUAAAAGUAUCUUAGAAGGCUACCGCCCUGUCCAGUCUGACCAUUUCCUGGGUAUGAAUCCAGCUCUGCCACCACCUCUUAGUGACCGCAUGAGAAAAAGACGUGCUUUUGCUGACAAGGAGCUGGAGAGCAUUAUGCUGGAGCGUGAAUACAAGGAGAGGGAACUCCUCGAGUCCAACCAGUCUGCUGCCAGCUCUUUGUUCCUACCAGGCAGCGUGGUGCAUGCUGCCGAGUACAACUCUUACAAGACGGCCUAUUCCUCGUCGUCUGCUCCCACUGUAGCAGCUGAAGCAACGCCAAAGGAGCUUUGCAGCUUCCUGCCUAGCUGUCUGGACCUGCCAAUGGGUUACAGAGCAGCCGGUGGGGCAGCCAACGUCGAGCUGAUUUCCUCCAAUGUGAGCGUGGCUACCACGUACCGCCAGUACCCGCUAUCAUCUCGCUUUGUCAUGUGGCCGAGGGGCGGCAACAACCUGGGCGAUGCGCUCCUCUACCAACAGUGCCUCCUCAAUGCCACUGCAGUGCAGAACCUCAAACCUGGUGCCGUCUGGGACCCCAAAAUGAUGCCAUCGACUGAGAGCAACUCUCCUGAGCAGGAAUCUGCAGCUUCUGCAGCUUCUAGGCUCGAAGGUUCCCGUGUGGCCCCGGAACCAAGUGAACUACCAGCUGGAGAUGCCCACACAGGACAGAACAUUAGGGAGCGCUCAGCAUUUUCACCCCCCAAGAAGGUUUUUGGAUCAGCGUUUGGGCCACUCCCUCCAGGAGCUAAUGAGCAUUUGUUGAACAAGAUUAGCAAAGAUAGCAGCAAGCACACACUGUCUAUGAAGCUCAACUCCUUUCACUCUCUGAUCCAGCAGACUCUGAACGAGAAGGGCGCUGAUCUUAGGAACCCCUACUGUAAAGAUCUGCUGGAAGGGGCUGCUAAGAGGUUCAGGGACAGUGCACCUAAAGACUCAGCUGGUUUUAAAAGCUCAGAGAGAGUGGUAAAAGACAUGUUGGUCAAGCCGACAGGCACAAAGGUUUCGUCGAGCGAGCCUUUGUCAUUUUCCGUGGAAGCCAUUUUAAAAAGGCCCUCACUGCCCAUAAAUCGAUCGUCCCAGUAAGAUUACCAAUUAACAAAAAUCAAUCACAAAUGUACUUAUGGACUAAGAUUUCUGUAUACUGUGUAUUUAUUCUUAUUCAUAAUUUUGCUGGUUGUGUUUGUAUGUGAGAGUAAACACUUGGGUGAAUAUAGCACUCAUUUAUUCCUUAAACGUAGUCUCUUCAACCCAUCUAAUACUUGUGUAAAUAGCCAUGUAAAUAUUAUAGUAUGUGACACAAGCAUGUUGUAAAUGCGGUGUGUAGAGUAUUUAAAUGCAUUGGUAAUUUUUACUUUCAAACGUGACAAUAAAAUUUAAUUAAAACUCAAAGUCCAUAUGUUCUCGU